UUGACUGUUUCAGGGAGGAUUUUCCAGCAUGCAGCAGCAAGGCGGGGAAAGGAAGGAGGAAGAGCCGGAGGCUGCGGCAGCCGGGAAGAGCCCAGGCGCCGAAGCUGUGGCUGGAGGGUGGGCAUGGGGAGUGGUGUUUCACUUCUUCCUGGUCAACGUAGUCGUGAUGGGGAUGCUCAAGACCUUUGGGAUUUUCUUCGUGGCUUUCCAAGAGGAGGUGGGGGGCUCCUCCGAGCAAGUCAGCUGGAUCGGCUCCAUCAUGUCCUCCCUGCGCUUCUUAGGAGCCCCGCUCGUGGCCGUGGUCUGCAGGAGGCUGGGCGAGCGGCCGACCUCCAUCAUCGGGGCCGGCUUGGUCGGAGGGGGCUGCCUGCUCAGCACGCAGGCCACCAGCGUCCCCUUCCUCUGCAUCUCCAUGGGACUUCUCCUGGGUAUGGGCUUCGCCUGCCUUUACCAGGCGGCCGCGGUGAUGACGGCCAAGCGCUGCAGGACACGGCUGGCUUUCUCCAACGCCAUCGCCCGCUCCGGGAUGGGGCUGACGUUUUUAAUAGCACCGUUCACUCAACUUCUCAUUGAUUUUUAUGGCUGGCAAGGUACUCUCCUGAUUUUUGGAGGCAUCGUGUUAAACCUCGUGCCUUCCAGCAUGCUGCUGCGACCUGUCAGCACCCAGCUGCCUCGACGCUCCUCUGCUAAAAAUGAAGACCGUGGGUCUUUAAUGGCAAAGAAGGACUCAGAAACCCUUGAUGGCUGCUUAGAUGAAACCACUCACGGAGAAAUACAGCUUCGCAGCGUACAGGACCUUCCCACCACGGACGGACUCAUGAUGUCCGACGGCAGAGAUGUCUCUGGUCCGUCCCUUCCACCGACCAAAAAAGAAAAUUCGCAGCCUCUCCUCGACUUCUCCCCACUGACGGAUCCCGUCUUCUGCAUUUUCACGUGGUCUUUUUUGUUCAGCCACUUGGCCUACUUCGUGCCCAUCUUCCACCUGGUAGCAAGAGCCAGGACACUGGGUAUAAGCAGCAUGGAUGCCUCUUACCUUAUUUCAGUGGCUGGCAUCACGGAGAUGGUCAGCCAGCUGCUCUCGGGCUGGGUCGCCGACCAGAACUGGACCAAGAAGUAUCACUACCACGUGGCUUACCUUGUCCUCGGCGGCAUCACUAACCUGCUCUGUCCUCUGGCCACCACCUUCCCGUUACUCAUGACCUACGCGGUGGCCUUCGCCGUUUUCUGCGGUGGGUUCAUGGCUCUGGUCCUCCCUGUGCUGGUAGAUCUAGUGGGUGUGCAAAAACUCCACAGCUACCUGGGGUUUGCUGCCUUCUUUGCUGGGAUAGCGGCCGUCGGCGGACCUCCUCUAGCAGGGUGGCUGUAUGACUACACCCAGACAUAUGUCUGCUCUUUCCUCUUUGCUGGAGCCUGUGCUCUCAUCUCACCUAUUUCUUUCUUCUUUGAGCCUUCGGCUCAGAAAUGGAAGCUAAAAAAAGCCAAGCUGAACAAGGGCCCCACGCUUGGCUGAAGCGAUUCUGCGGUGGAAAAUUUAAAGGACGGUCUUUGAUUGCAUCCACGAUCGGAAGGUGAUCGCCGGCACAGACCUUCUGUACCGGGACAUAUAAACAGCAGCAAAAAUGAAGAGAGGAAU